GCCCCGGAUUGCAUCGCAUUGCAUCUUGGAUUACGGGCUCAAUCAUCCAUCGGCGCGCGCGUGUGAGUGAGAGUGUGUGAUUGUGUUGGUGCGUCCGUGACGGGCUGUUGUCACCGCCUUGUUGGAUUUUUACCACGCUGCCACCUGUCGGCCUGUCGGCGCUGUCGGCCAGGCCCAUGACCUAGUGCCGGCGCCAUGAUCCCCCGCGAGGGGCCCCGGGGCCGGGCCGGGCCCCAGAGAGGGCCCCAGAGAGGGCCCCGGGGUGUGGCGCUGCCCCUGACGGCGGCCCUGUGCGCCGCGCUGCUCGGCCUCGCCGCCGCCAACCCGCUCGGCAUCAGCCACUGGGACCUCGAGGGAGCCAACGAGACGUGCGAUGGCCGCUCCUCGUGCGAGACCCCCAAGGGCCGCGGGCGCGCGGCCGCCUCCCGCGUCGGCGACGACCUGGACUGGCGGGAGCGGAACUGCUUCUGCGACGCGCUGUGCGCGCAGUACGGCGACUGCUGCGUGGACUCGCCGCACUACGCGGCCGCGCAGCAGCGCCGCUCCGGCGCCGUGUUCUCCUGCGUGGACCUGCGCCAGUUCGGCGGCAUCUACAUGAAGUCCUCGUGCCCGCCGGGCUGGGAGGACGCCGACGUCCGGAAGAACUGCGAGAUGGGCGACGACCAGGCCGACCCGGUGAGCAGCAUGCCGGUGACGUCACACUCCUCCGGCUUCACGUACCGCAACGCCUUCUGCGCGCUGUGCCACGGCGACAUGGACGGCACCAAGGGCCGCGUCGACGUCUGGAACCCCCGCCUCGAGUGCCCCAGCGUCUACAAGGCCUCCGUGGAUGACUACUCCCGCGGGCUGGAGUGGCACGCGGACAUCAAGUCGUGGGUCAUGGCGGUGCCCGUGCGCACGCCGCGCACCGCCGCCAACGCCUCCACCAACUCGUCCUCCACCACCAGCGCCACGACGCACGCGCACGCCAUGGCGCACGCGGGGCCGGAGGGCAACGCCACGCACCACUUCCACGUGUGCCACGUGGACCCCGUGCUGCCGGACACGUCGGAGCACCUGGUGCGCCGCUGUCAGGCCGACACGGUGCGGGCGUGCGCGCCCAACUGGACCAACCAGGAGGUCCGGUCCCGCUGCGAGGCGUACACGGCUUACGUGUACCUGGACAAGACGCCGUACCGCAACGCCCACUGCGCCAUCUGCAACAACAUCGGGCUGCACUUCCUGCAGUGCCAGAAGGCGCCGACGCGGUCCUUCCACAACAAGGAGUUCAGCCCCACCGCCUUCGCCGUGCUCUUCGACCUCAACGACAGCGACGGCAUCAACGUCGGCGUGGUGACGGCGUGCCCCAGCUCGCAGCUGUACGACCCCUUCUUCCGCAUGUGUCGGUCCGUGCUGUGCCCGGCGUCCGGGCCCUUAGUGACCGCCAUGUCCGCCAACGGCAACUGCGUCAACGGCACCAGGCCGUCGCACCUGGUGCCCGCCAGGCCCAUCCCGGUCACCAUCAACGGGGACAGCACCACGCCGCGCGGCGACCGCGACCACUACCAGCACGACAACGUGCACCAGGAACGCUCGUUCGACAGCUGCCCCAAGUUCCUGCUGGAGCCGUUCGAGUUCGAGUUGUCGGCCGACCGGCAGAACGCCACGGUCCUGGCGUACCGCAGGACGUUCCAGCGCGGCGAGUUCCGCGUCACGGAGGACGGCAAGCUGGAGAUCUGCAUCGUCGAAGGGCCCCAGCUCGUCGACAAGUUCGGCCCGUACAUGGGGUAUGUGACGCUGGUGGGGCUGGGCGUGUCCAUCGUGUUCCUGCUGCUGCACCUGCUGGCCUUCGCCCUGGUGCCCGAGCUGAGGAACCUGUCGGGCAAGAACCUGGCCUCGCUGUGCGUGUCGCUGCUCGUCGCCUACGUCUCCUUCAUCGCCGGCCAGCUCAUGGGCCCCGAGAACGGCGCCGGCUGCCUGGUCGCCGCCGUGCUCACGUUCUACAGCUUCCUGGCCUCCUUCUCCUGGAUGCUGACCAUGGCGCUGGACGUGUGGCGCACGCUGCGCCUCGCCACGUGCGAGCUGCGCGUGUCCGCCGGCAAGCAGUGGCGCAAGUUCGUGCUGUACUCGGUGUGGACCUGGCUCAUGCCCGCCGCCAUCGUGUGCGCCUCCCUCUUCACCGACGCCGCAGCGCCGGGCACCGUCGACGACCAGUACCGACCAGGGUUCGGGCUGCGCUCGUGCUGGUUCGGCUCCCGCAAGGCCCUGCUCGUGUUCUUCGCCGCGCCGCUGGCCGUCAUCAUGGCGCUCAACGUGCUCCUCUUCGCCUCCUCCGCGCUCAUGAUCGUGCGCACGGCGCCCGCCCUGCGCUACGCGCCGCCACCGCCCGGCGGCACCUCCGGCACGCGCCGCGACUUCCGGCUGUACUUCCGGCUCGCCAUCGUCAUGGGGCUGACCUGGGUCGUGGGGCUCAUCGCGGGCACCCUGGACAUCGACGCCCUCUGGUACGCGUUCGUGGCGCUCAACACGCUGCAGGGGCUGUUCAUCUUCCUGGCCUUCACGUGCACCGAGAAGGUGGUGCGCGGGCUGGGCGAGGCGCUGCCCUGCGCGUGCCUGGCCGCGCUGUGCCGCGUCAUGGGCCGCGCCAAGCGCGGGCUGACGGGCUCCUCCGAGAAGGGCGUCAUCCGGCCGCCCAGCUUCUCGUGGUCCGGCUCCGGCGGCUCGGGCGCGUCCAACGACUCGACCCACAAGAGCGCCCUGGGCUCGUCGUCCGAGUCGUCCAGCCCCAGUCACCACGGCCUGCACGCCACCAACGGCGUCAACGGCCACAACGGCCAGAGCCUCUCCAAAGGCCACGGCAACGGCCACGGCAACGGCCUCAACGGCCACGGCCACAACGGCCACGCCCUCAACGGCCUCAACUCGGUGCGCCACGCCGGCCACCGGCACCACCACGCCACGUCCGACACCUUGUACUAGGUCCCGGACGACAAGGCGAGGCGAGGCCCCUUCAUGCCUCUUGCCCUUGCUUGGCUCCUCCAAGAGUCCGGCCUGUCUGGCUCCUCCAAGAGUCCGGCCUGUCUGGCUCCUCCAAGAGUCCGGCCUGUCUGGCUCCUCCAAGAGUCUGGC